CCCGAAAAGCGACUAUAAACGCCGGCGCCUCCAUCCCCAGCCGCGGCUCGGGAAUCUACGUCACCCGAAGAGCGGCUAUAAACGCCCGCGCCUCCACUGUGCUCUCCUCUUCACUUAGGUAGGUCCUGCCGCGUUGACCGCUGGCAUCCCGCUGGUGGUCUUCGAGACCGGCGUUGUUUGAAAAUCACCCCCGGCUUUGGCCGUGGCCGCGGGUGAGAUUCGGCGCCCAGAGCCUCCGGGGGCCUCAGCUCACCGCGCGCUACCCCAUGUGCGGCGGUGAAACCCAGGCCCCGACAGGCGCCGCGGCCUCCCCCCGGGUGCGGCCGCUCGCGAGGUCUGGCCCCUGACUCCUGGCCUCGACUGCAGACCCCUAACCCUGUUUUUUCUCCGCAGGACACUCGUCCUCCCACGCGUGACACCGACGUCGCCAGGACCGCGGGGUCGGGGGAAGUUGCCUGUCCCCCGUCUUUCAAAUAAAGCUGUUUGUCUAACUUACCGCGUGCGGGUGUUCUUGGGGCCCCGACCCGCCUAUCAGCCUGGCAAGUGCAUCUGUUCACGCUGUGGCAGGGAGAACCCUAGCGAGAUGCCUCCUCGUCUUUCCUGGCUUUGGACACCAGGGUAGGAUAUGAGAGGUUGGUAAGUGACGUGUAAGGUCCGAUGCCUCUUAAGUGGCGGAGCCAGAUUGGGAACAGUCUUGUGGCCAUGCGCGCCUCAGGUGAACUACGCUGGCAGGUAAAGUGCCCUGGUCUAAAGGACGCCAGGUGGGGCCAGCAGAGCACUAGCAAGGAUGGGAAGUUCAGAGGCUUCCAGUGGCUUCCUUGUGAGACCAGGUGAGAUUCUACAGGAUUUGGCCAACUAGGCCUAGAUGAACUCAGCGACCCCGUGGUGCUAGGCUGGAGUGGAUCAGACACCUGGUUUGGGAAGCUGGGCCCCCUGCUCUGGGGCGGCAGGUUACCCGGGAGUUUAGUUCUCACUGCCGUGGAGCUAGCACCUGAGUAUCAGAUCGUAAGUGAAGACCCCCAGUGGGUCAAUGCCUAAAGCCCCUAAGCCUUAGGAUCUCCAGCCACCUGGGCCGCACUAUUGGAGAGAAGAGGGUGGCAAUCCCUGUGAUCCCACUGAAGUCCUGGCCUGGGGGAAACAGCUCCAUGAAGCUUGGUUCUGACCCAGUGCUUCUAGGGAAACGCUGUCAGCCACCUUCAAGCCCCACGCGCUUCAUAGACCUAUCUCAGGUCAGGAGCUGUCCUCCUUUUUUUUUUUUUUUUUUUUUUUUUGAGACGGAGUCUCGCUGUCACCCAGGCUGGAGUGCAGUGGCACCAUCUCAGCUUACUACAACUUCCGCCUCCCGGGUUCAAGCAAUUCUGCCUCAGCCUCCCAAGUAGCUGGGACUACCAGCACCUGCCACCACACUUGGCUAAUUUUCUUGUAUUUUUAGUAGCGAUGGGGUUUCACCAUGUUGGCCAGGCUGGUUUGAACUCCUGACCUCAAGUGAUCUGCCCGCCUCAGCCUCCCAAAGUGUUAGGAUUACAGGCAUGAGGCACUGCACCUAGCCCUGUGGUUUUUUUUUUUAAAGAGGUGGGGUCUCACUGAGUUGCCCAGGCUGAUCUCCUGGGCUCAAGUGAUCCUCCUGCCUUGGCCUCCCAAACUGCUGGGAUUACAGGUGUGAGCCACCGCGCCCGGCUACCUGUAAUCCUUCAGCGAAGGGGGCAAGGGCUGGGCUGUAUGGGGUCUCUGGGUCCUGAACCAGGGUUAUGAUUGGCUUGAGCUGGACAAUGCUAUUGUGAUGUCAGCCCACACCCACUGUGAAAUGCAGGCUCCUGAGCUCGGGGGGGCCUGUGGAGCUGCUGUCUAGACGCAGAUCAUGAGUGGCGGGUAUGAUCUCAACCUCUUCGCCAGCCCUCCUGACAGCAACUUUGUGUGCUCCGUCUGCCAUGGGGUUCUCAAGAGGCCAGCAAGGUUGCCAUGCAGCCACAUCUUCUGCAAAAAGUGCAUCCUCCAGUGGCUAGCCAGGGGUGGGGCAGGGCCAGGAGAGAGGGCAGGAGAGUCCCAUCUUCAGAGAGAAACAAGUGCAGCCUUGGGACGACCAGACAUAGCUGAGUUUGAAUCGUGGCUCUACUGCUUAGUUGCUGUGUGACUUUAAGCAAGUCACCUAACUUUUCCGAGCCCCUGGGGUCUCAGCUGUAAAAUGGAGAUAAUACAGGAUUUUUAGAGGAUCAAGUGCCCGGUGUGCCGGCCACUACACUCCAGUCCCCUAGUUUUACAGAUGGGUAAACUGAGGUUAAAAAGGAAAGCCUGGCAUCCAUACCAUUCACCAGACCAACCCAACUGUGUACCUUCCAUUCCCCAAGACUCAGGCUUCACACCCUCCCCUGGAACUUCUAGCUUCUUCCCACUUCCAGGCAUUUGCCCCAGUGUUCUCUCCACCAACUCACCAGAGUCAGAAAAGUGUGGGAGACUCCCGGUUCCCUGGUUCGUGGUGAAUGGAAAGCCACGGGUGGGGGAUUCCGUGGGUGUCCUGCCCGGUUUCUUCACACGUUCUCCUUCACCCUCAGUGCAAGAAUGCUGACGCUGGCUGCAUAGUGACGUGCCCCCUGGCCCAUCGCAAGGGGCACCAGGACUCAUGCCCCUUUGAGCUAAUGGCCUGCCCCAACGAGGGCUGCACCUCGCAGGUGCCGCGUGGGACCCUGGCAG